CUUGAAAAAUGGAGGCUUCACUGCAUUUCCGCGGCGUUAGAUUUCCGAGACUCGCCGCACACUCGCCGCGCGUGCGACGGCUGUCCUCCGCCGUGGCCUCGCCGUCGCGGUCGUUGUAUGCGGCGGUGGAGAAUGCAUGUAAAGGCGGAGGCUUGAGAGCUGGGAGACGGGGGAAGAGAAUCGAAGCUGUGGCUGUGGUUGGGGAAGAAGAGAAAGGCGAUGAAACGGCGUCGUUUAGUUGCGUGAUGAAAUUCGGAGGGUCGUCGGUGGCGACGGCGGAGAGGAUAAGAGAGAUUGCUGAGCUGGUUGUGAGUUUUCCGGAGGAGAAGCCUGUGGUUGUGCUCUCUGCAAUGGGGAAGACCACUAAUAACCUCUUACUUGCUGGGGAGAAAGCUGUCAGUUGCGGGGUUUCGAAUGCUUCUGAAAUCGAAGAAUUGAGCUAUGUAAAACAACUGCAUCUCAAGACUGUUGAUGAACUUGGAGUUGAUCCUUCUGUUGUUUUGGGACACUUGCAAGAAUUGGAGCAACUUCUGAAGGGGAUAGCAAUGAUGAAAGAGUUGACUCUGCGCACAAGAGACUAUCUAGUUUCAUUUGGAGAGUGCAUGUCCACACGAAUCGUUGCAGCUUAUCUGAAUAAGAUUGGUGUUAAGGCGCGCCAGUAUGAUGCAUUUGACAUUGGUUUCAUAACAACAGAUGACUUCACCAAUGCUGAAAUUUUAGAGGGAACUUACCCAUCUGUUGCUAAAAGAUUAAAUGAUGAUUGGAUUAGUGAUCCUGCGAUUCCCAUUGUUACUGGCUUUCUCGGAAAGGCCUCAAAAUCUCGUGCAGUUACUACCCUAGGUAGGGGUGGUAGUGAUUUGACAGCCACAACCAUUGGUAAAGCCCUAGGCUUGCGAGAAGUCCAGGUGUGGAAGGAUGUUGAUGGUGUUUUGACCUGCGAUCCUAGUAUAUGUUCUAAUGCACAACCUGUUCCUUAUUUGACUUUCGAUGAGGCGGCUGAGCUUGCAUAUUUUGGUGCUCAGGUUCUACAUCCGCAAUCUAUGAGACCAGCUAGAGAUGGUGAUAUUCCUGUUAGGGUCAAGAACUCUUAUAACCCUAAAGCUCCUGGUACAAUCAUCACUAAAACAAGAGAUAUGAGCAAGGCUGUUCUAACCAGCAUAGUCCUGAAGCAAAAUAUCACUCUGUUGGAUAUUGUUAGCACACGCAUGCUUGGUCAAGUUGGUUUUCUUGCAAAGGUGUUUUCAACCUUUGAAGAUUUGGGCAUAUCUGUCGAUGUUGUUGCAACAAGUGAAGUUAGUUUAUCUUUGACGUUGGAUCCAUCAAAAUUCUGGAGUAGAGAACUAAUUCAGCAGGAACUUGACAAAAUGGAGGAAGAACUUGAAAAAAUUGCAUACGUAAAUCUUCUGCAGAAGAGAUCAAUCAUCUCGCUCAUAGGGAAUGUUCAGUAUUCUUCAUUGAUUCUAGAGAAGGCAUUUCAAGUUCUUCGAACGAAUCAAGUUAAUGUGCAGAUGAUCUCACAAGGGGCAUCUAAGGUAAACAUCUCAUUGAUAGUAAAUGACAGUGAAGCUGAAAUCUGCGUGAAUGCCCUUCACCAUGCCUUCUUUGAAAGCGGUGACCUGUCUGAAUUAGUACUAGAAGGCGGAUUCGGGAAUGGCGCAGCUUCACCAUUGCCGGUGGAAACAUCCAUGAUGUAAUCCAACAGUUCCUUUUAGAGCCAUAUAUGCCCGUUGGAAUUCCUCGAAAGCCUGUGAAUUCUACAUUUUUGUCAUAAAUGAACCGAAAUCUGAUCUUGAUCCUGACA